UACUAGACUGUUCAGACACAUUUCAGGGGAUUUACUAAUUGCUAAAAGGAAUAAAAAUGUUACAGAGGAAAUCUUCAAAUGUUUCAGAUAAACAAAAGACUCAAAAGCCAAAGCGGUCAUCCAGCUUUGGGAGAUUUGAUGCCUUCAAACAUCAUCCGUCAAGAACAAAAGCAGAGGAUAAUGUGGAGAUUAAUGCUGUAGAAGGAGAGGCUGGUGAUGAAAGCAGUGAUUCGCAUUUGAGCAAAACAUCCAGUACUACUGGUGGAAUCAGUCAAAAAAUAAGGGAUAUUUCCUUGACAAUGAAGAAGAAGAUGGGAAAGAAGUACUCCAAAGCACUGUCAGAAGAGAUGAUGGAAGAUGGAGAAAAGGACUGUACUCAUAAAGACAGUGACCAUGAAAGCCAUCCACCUAUAGAGAAAGCCUUUCUGCAUCCCAGCGAAUCAAUGGAAAGUCUCUACAGCCUCAACAGUGGACAGAGUUCCUCUAGUGGUGUUACCAGUGGUUCUGAUGGGUCAAGUAACAGGGACAGUCUUAGGCUGGAUGAAGAUGUUUCGUAUUCUGGUCCUUUCUGUGGAAGAGCCAAAGUUCAUACCGACUUCAUUCCCAGUCCAUAUGACACAGAUUCUCUCAAACUUAAGAAAGGUGAUAUCAUUGAAAUAAUCAGUAAACCUCCAAUGGGAACAUGGACUGGCAUGCUUCACAACAAAGUUGGGUGUUUCAAAUUUAUUUAUGUGGAUGUUCUCGCAGAAGAGCAUUUUGAACCCAGAAAACUGAGACCACACAGGAGAAGUAAAAGGCCAAGACCAAAAACUCUACAGGAACUACUGAAGCGUUUAGAAUUACAGGAAUAUGAAUCAUCUCUCCUGCUGAAUGGCUAUCAGACACUAGAAGAUUUAAAAGAUUUAAGGGAGAAUCAUUUGAUAGAACUGAAUAUUUUGGAUCCAGAUCAUCGAGCCAGAUUUCUAGCUGCAAUUGAAGUUCUAGGAGAUAUUGAAAAUGACCUUGAGAGUGGACACCAUCUGAGUCCUCAGACAACCACAGAAACUUUUAAAGGAGACCAAUUGCACACAAACGAAUGUCCAAGGGAUUCAGGCUGUUAUGUUACUACAGAAUGCUCAGACACAGGCAAAGAAGACACAGAAGCUGACAGCCUACCUCAGAUAACAGCAGAGUCUUAAAUGGAGACUUACUAUAUUUUAAGAGCAACAUGGAUAGAAAGUGACAUAAGUAUUUAUUAUUAGCAGAAUUUGCAAAUGAAGGGACUACCUUCAGAUAUGCAUGGAAGGAUUUGUAAAAUAAUUCUUUAACAAACCUCCUUUAUCUUUCAGUUGGAGAUUUUGACACCUCUGUUCCCUUUUAAAAACUAUCAUAUUAAAAAUACCUAAGUUUAGUACUUUGUUUUAAAAUGCAAACUGAAGGUGCAUCAGGUUGAAACUUGUGGAGAGUUAAGAAGUAAGGUAUCUUUUGUAAGUGUAACUUUUUAGGAAUUCUUUUUCGACAGAACUGAUUGGAUUUCCAUCUCACUUUAUACAUUUUAGACAUGUUUCCCUCAACGCAUGUGGCUUGAUCCUCAUUAGAGUUUCGAGGCAAUUUUUGGCUGAAAUCUUUGUACAGCUUCAAGGCAUAGUUUGGAGCAGAAACUAUUUGUAACUAUUUUAUUAAAAGUAUUCAUUUUUUUAAGGUUUAAAAAAUACACAAAUCCUAGCAGCAAAAUCUAUGCUAAUAAAAUGAAAGAAUUUCAAGUCCAUCUUGGAAACUUUUAUAAUUUUGCUGUGAUUUUCAUAGAAGACUAAUGUCUAAAGAGAUUUUCCACAGGUACUUCGAAUUCCUCUGUCAUCCCAAAUACGUACAGUUUAGAGUGCCUGAUGUCUCCAAAUUGGCCUUGCGUCAGUGAGCAUGCAUGUAUUUUUAUGUGUGUGCCCAGUGAUGGACAGUCCUCCUGUCCACAGUUGCUGUUUACCUUAACCAGAUGCUACUCACUACCCACUGUAAUGAAAUAAUCAAGUUCAGCAAAUGAAUGGCACUAGAUGGCUCAGAAAGAGAACUAGCAGACAAAGAAAGGAGUGGAAAUCCUUUAAGGCGAAUGUACCAUAAUGUCAUAUUUGUUCUGUUGUGCCAGAUAUGUAUUUUAGAGCAGUACCUGCAAAUCUGAACCAUACUAAACAGCUGCAGAGUCAGAUGUACAGUGUAAAAAACAUAUUUUCAAAAAAUUAUGCUAUUAUUGAUAGAAAAAUAAAUGUUGCAAAUAAUAGAUGUAAAUUCUAAAUCAAAAUGUCUGUCCUUUAAUACUAUUUCUGAUUUGCAGUCUGCUUCAUCAUUAAUGUAUAGCCAUUGUUUUGCAAGUGUGUGUCUUAGUCUUCAUUUAUGUGUCCUUUCUGCUUCCUUCAUAUUUAUUAUUGUAUUCAUUAAUAUCAUUUACAUAGCCUUUUCUUCAUGUCAUGUGCUCACCUAGGAAUACAAGUGUCAAUGCAUGAACAAUUUUAGACAGUUCAUAUUUAUCAGCCUUAUUAUUUUCAUCAUACACUUCCUGUCUGUGCCAUGUUGUUUCCAGUAAAAUCAGUUCAUGGUGCACAUGGUAUGUUGAUUUCUGGCAAGUGGCAUUUGGUUGUGGUCUAAUUUUUUUGAAGUCUAUAUAUUAUAAUAUUCCUAAACGUUGACUUCCUGUUAAAUACGGUGGAAUUUUGGUUUUUUUUGCCAUUCUAUUUGUCUUUAUUUAUUAAUGUUAUUUGUUCAGUAGAGUUUGUCUGUUUUAUAUAUAUCAAUAUAUGUUAUAUAUAAGUUUCAUAGAUAUUUUUCUGUUAAUGUGCUAAAGGUAUAUUAUAGGCCUUUUUGUGUCUAAACAUCUCUUUAUGAUCAUUUAAUGUAUAUAGUGGUUGUGUUACAUACAAUUUUUAGAUAUACAGUGUAUAAUUUCUGUAACAGUAUUUUUAAUAAAGUGCAAAAAUUAUA